GGAGCGGCCGCCGUCGCCCAAUGGAGCCCGGCGGGGCCUGGUCGGAGUUAUCCUGCACUGCUGCCUCGUGUAUAACCUGCAGAGGGACCAUCUUAGCUCUGUCCUCUUCCUGAUGGAUGAAACUGAAUUCAGAAAGCCAAGACUAGAGAUCUGAGGUGUGUGGAAAACGAAAUAGGAACACAGAUCUAGACUUCACAAUUCACCCAAAGUACAUUUACAUGACCUACAGAGAGAGCGAACCACUUCAGGAAGGAGGCCAGAAAGAUUGUUUGAAAAGCUUGCCACCGAUGUAUUCAGCCGGAGUCGGACAGUGACUAGAGCUGAUUGUUGAUAAGUGUCUCCCCCUGCCUUCGUAUCCCUCUAGAUUGUAGCAUUCGUGAGGCUACAGGAAAACCAAUGGCAUUAAUUAGAAAAAUUAAUCAGGGCUUGCUGCUCUUAGUUAUUCUGACAUUUUGCCUGGUGCUAUAUAACAAAUUUCACAACACGCCGCUGUACGAGGAAGAGGCAGCUGACGAACCUGAUUCUCGAACUCCUCAUAGUUCAGUCCAUACGGUGGGGGAAAGCAAAGAUGACUCAGUAGAAGGUCUAAUACCUAUCAUAAUAUGCGCUGCGGAGGAUCGCAUGGGAGGAACAAUAGCAACAAUCAACAGCAUCUAUAGCAACACUCAGGCCAAAGUCUUCUUCUACAUAAUUACUCUCAGAGACUCUCUUAGCCAUCUCAGCAAAUGGAUUGAAAAUACAGAACUGAAAGACAUACAGUACAAAAUAUUAGAAUUCAACCCUGCUAUACUCGAGGGGAAAGUAAGACCCGACUCUGCAAGACCGGAGUUACUGCAGCCACUCAACUUUGUCCGAUACUUCAUUCCUUAUCUUAUUCGGAAUCAUGAAAAGGUGAUCUACUUGGAUGAUGAUAUCAUUAUACAAGGUGAUAUCCAGGAUUUGUACAACACUGCCCUGAUUCCUGGGCAUGCUGCUGCCUUCUCAACGGAUUGUGACCUGACCUCAACUCAUGAGAUGGUUCGGAGCAUGGGAAUGCAGACAACAUAUAUGGGACAUUUGGAUUACCGGAAGGCAACAGUCAGGGCCCUGGGGAUCAGUCCCACGACCUGUUCCUUUAACGUCGGUGUCUUCAUUGCAAAUGUCACAGAAUGGAAACGGCAACGAAUUACAAAGCAGCUGGAAAAGUGGCUGGUGACUAACAUGGAGGAGAACCUAUACAGCAGUGCAUUGGGUGAAGGGGUAGUGACCCCUCCUAUGUUAAUAGUGUUCUACAAUAAACACACUGUAUUGAACCCGUUGUGGCAUAUUCGCCACCUUGGUUGGAGUCCUGAUGCCAGAUAUUCAGAACAUUUCCUUUCUGAAGCAAAAUUGCUGCAUUGGAAUGGAAGAUUUAAACCCUGGGAUUAUCCCACUGCACACAUGGAAUUUUGGGAAAAGUGGUAUCUUCCUGAUCCAACAGGGAUGUUUAGACUUGUACGACCCAACAAUUAAGACCUGUACCAUGUGUACAAAUUUCACGUGUUUAUACUUGAUGUAACAAACUAGUUUGCUGAUUGUAAUUCCCAGCAGUUAACCAAUUCUUGUUUUAAUUGAAUGAAAGGUAAUCUUUAUAAUUGAUCUUUUCUACUUUGCUAGGUGAAACUUAAGACAAUAUACAUUCAUUGUGUAAAUCGUUCUAUUUUCAAAACGUGUUUGCUUUUUUUUAAACUUCCAGGAAUGUUUUUUUGAACGAUCUGCAUACAGAACAAGGAGCAUGACUGCCACACUCAUGCAGUAGGGAUGUUGAAAACUGCGCACCAAGCAGGUGCAGAUCUAAAACACUCCAGGUUUAUCUAUUAUGCUAGGUUAGCAAAGUGAAAAUAAGAGAUAAAGAUCUUAAGGCAAUCUGUAAAACAAACUUCAAAACUUGCAGAAUUUGUAUUGCCAGCAUUAAAAAAGUGGUGAAAGAUAACCUCAAGAAAACUUACUUUCAGGAAAAGGAAUCUACCACACCUACCUAGUCUGGUCUACAUGAGAUUCCGGUCUGACGUCAUGUGGUUGACAUUGUCCAGCAAGUCUAAGAGUUUUCAGGAUAAUAUAUGCGGCCUCACUAGUUAUGCCCUUACUUUGAGAACACUUUUGAAAAAUGUCCUAAUAGUUGACUCUGAGAUGCAUCUUUUGUUGCAGAAAAUGGACAAUCUUGUGCCAAAAUUAAGUGCCUCUCACAGCAACAAUCCUCGCAAAGCAAGACAAGACUGCUCCAACUAUCACAGCUUAGCCUCAAAACCCAGACCCCCUAUUGUAAUCUGCCUGAUUUUGGUGAAAGCACAACAGCUUUAGAUCUGUUUGAUCAUGUACAUGGUGAAUUGAAUCUGUAAAUUAAACAAAGGUCAAACAUUGAAGGAUAGCAAAUACACAAGAAAAAUAAGGCAUCCAUUCUAAUUCAAUUUUUAACUGAUAUUCAGGUUUGCAUUCCAUUGUAGUGCCAAGCUCCACCUAAAUUGUGAGGAAUAUCAGAAUCAUUAUCCCAGUGCCUUGUAACUCCUACCUUAUAUGAAGCAGAAUAAACAAGUAGA